CAAAGUUUUGACAGCGAACAUGGAAAGUCCUCUUGAAAACAUAAAUAAAUGGCCACCGUUUAUGUUACGUUCUUCCUAAUCGUUCAAUUCUAUGUUUGUAAAAUGGAGGAUGAUACCGAAGAUAGGUUAAUGAAAAUAUCGAGGAGAGACACACGUUGGAGCAUGAAUUCCCAAAGACUAGAAGAAAUAGUGGCGGAGUUGAUGAAGCCCAUCAGCGACGUCCGCCGAAACUUCGACACGGACCUCAGCGCGUUGUUGGAGGAAUACCUGACGGAGGCGGGGCUGCAUGCCCUGGAGCAGAGCGAGGAGAGUGACCCGAGCCCCACAGAGCCCAACUUUGCAGAGAUAGCUCUGUUGCUGCAACAGUCCGCUAACAUUUACAGUCGGAAAGUUGACUUCCUUUAUCAGCAUGUGCUCAGUGUCAGUGACUCAUUAAAUAAUAGCAUAGCAGAGGAAACAGUGCACGAAGAUGCAGAACAAGUGCCAUCAUCGUCAGCGAACAGACGCAGGACGAGAGGCCAAGCGGGGCCCGAGGAGUUCGAGCCGAUAGCACUGGAGCCCAGUUCUAGCGCCCGACGGGACUGCGCGGGGCUUCGCCCCCCGCCCACGCUGCCGCGCAUGUACAUAGAACUGGAGCCGCGUCAGCUCACUGAUGCCGACGUGCAGCUGCAAGAUGCCGCGGGAGAACCCAUUGGAGUGCUUGCUGACUUCCAUGUGGGCUGGAGACUACAGGGUGGUUUUCUAGUCGAGGAGCUGGAGUCCACGGAGUACCGCGGCGGGCCGCAGCUGCUGGAGCAGCUCCGCUCCCCGCCCCCCGCGGUGCCCCCCCUCACGCUGCCGCAGCUGGCCGCCACCCCGCCGCCCCCCUCGCCCCUCCUGCCGCCCUCCCCCUUCAACUGCUCCACGCCGCUGCCGCCCGCCAAGCGCGAGCGGAAGCGCCGCUGUGACGCGCUGCCCGACCUCUGCGGCGCCGCCAAGCUGCUCGUGUGCGAAGAGGUGCUGAUAAAGCUGAGCAGCUGCGACACGUUCAGCGAGUUCAGCGUGCCGCAGCGCUGGGUCCGGCGCGUGGUGGAGCGCCGCAGCGGGGCCGUGCUCGCCGCACGACUGCGCGCGCGCACGCACGGGGACCACGCAGAAUUCAAAGGAUUCGAUAUCUCCAAUGGAUCUGACGUUGGAGGUUUCGUGGGGUGGGCGGCGGCGGUGCGCGGCGCGACGGCGGCCGAGCUGCGGCGACUGCGCCCCGACGACAGCGACGACGACGGCUUCUUCGAGCUCAGCUCCUACAGCGACGAGCACGCGCCCUCGCCGCCCGCCCCGCCAGCGCCCGCGCCGGUCGGUGUGCCGGUCGACGCGCCAGUGGACGCGCACAAUAUUAGUUCGCUGAACGAGAACCCCGAGUGGUACCUAUGGCGGGAGAGCGUAUUAGCGCGCAGCAGUGAAGCAGCGCCCGACGUGCAGCUGACCGCCGCGCGCCUGCUCCGGCGCCUUCGCCCCGCCGCGCCUUCGCCCUCGCCCUCCACGCCGCAGCCCCGCGCCAACCAUGUCGAUGAGCUGCUGCGUGCGGAGAACGAACAGCACGGAACGCAUCCCGCGCAUCUCACGCUCGCUGCGCUGUUUCUGGCGAACAGCGGUAACAUAGAGAUAAUCCAAGGGGAACCGCUAACUAUAAACUCGUUCCACAUGCGGCUGCUGUCGGACGACGAGUCGCUACUGCGGCCCGCCGCCAUUGCGGAGUUCAGCUGAGACUCUACUAUAAUUUAUAUGUGAAUACUAGCUGUUGCCCGCAGCUUCGCCUGCGUGGAAAAGAUAAAGAAACAUGAUACAAAUUUUU